UGCGCCUCCACCGCCAGAACCCCGAAGAAGAGCAUCCCCCUCCUUGGAGAUUUUCAGUAACCGUUCCUGCUCGACGCCGACGGCAUGCCGACCGAGCGCGUCGAUGUCGCGGUCUCCUCACGGACGCUGCUGCGGGCGUCCGACCCGCCUCCGGACUUCCCCGCGGUGCUCCAGGCGUCCAACCUCGACCUCAUCCUCGGUUCCUUCCACAUCUACCUCAUCGCCAUGUACCCCGCCCCGGCCGCGGGCUUCCCCGCCGUGGUAGCUGCCGCGCGGGACGCCAUGCCCGCUUUCCUCUCUCGCUUCUUCCCUUUCGCUGGCCGCGUCGUCGCCAACGCCGACACCGGCGUGCCCGAGAUCGCGUGCGACAACACCGGCGCGGAGCUCGUGGUGGCGCGCGCUGGGGUGAGGCUCGCGGACGUCGACUUCGCGGACGCCGACCGCUCGCUGGGCCGCAUCGCGGUGCCGUUCCAGCAGGACCUCGCGCUGUCGCUGCAGCUGGUGCGGUUCGCGUGCGGCGGGUUCGCGCUGUCGUGGGGGACCAACCACCUGCUCGUGGACGGCCACGGUCUGACGGCGCUGCCCAGCGCGUGGGCGGAGCUGCUCCGCACCGGCGGCCUCUCGUGGGAGCCUCACCACGAGCGGGCCUCGCUCUUCCGGCCGCGGGACCCGCCGCGGUACAGCGCGUCGCUGGACGCCGAGUUCACGCGGUACGCGCCGGCGGGCCUCCCGAACUCGCUCCUGACGGCCACGCUCGUGCGCCGCAACUACGUGGUGUCCGCCGCGGACGUGGACCGGCUCCGCGCCGCGGCCAGCACCCCCGCGCGCCGCGCCACGCGGCUCGAGGCGCUGUCGGCGCACGUGUGGAAGCUGCUCGCGGCGGCCGUGGGCGGGCUCGACGCGCACUGCCGCAUGGCGUGGCUCGUGGACGGCAGGCCGCGCCUGGACGCCGCCAGGUACGACGGGGCCACCGUGCGGCGCUACCUCGGCAACGUGUUGACGUACGCGUCGCGGGAGGCGGCCGUGGAGGCCGUGUCGUCGUCCCCGCUGGCCGACGUGGCGGCCAUGGCGGGCGCGGCCAUCGCGGAGGUGUUCCGGUGGGAGCGGUACGAGGAGCUGGUGGACUGGAUGGAGGUGCACAAGGGGGUGUUCCGGGAGGGCGGCAAGUGGACGGAGGUGGUGGGCACCGGCAUGGGGAGCCCCGCGCUGGUGGUCUCUACGUUCGUGCCGUUCCGCGUGGAGGGGGACUUUGGGUUCGGCCGGCCGCGGUUGGUGUUUCCGUGGGUGCGCCCGGGGCGGCUGGGUUCCGCGGCCAUGACGGUGUCACGGAGCCCGCGGGAGGACGGGUCGUGGCUCAUCACCGCCAGGAUGUGGCCGCGACUUGCCGACGCCGUGGACGCGGACCCGGACGCCGUGCUCAAGCCGGCCACCGCCGCGCGGCUCGGGUUCGGCGCGCCCGAUCCGGCAGACGUGAUGCAGCAUGCUACCAGUCGCAUGUGAGUCAUAGAGUGGUUUGCCGUGCGCGAGCCGCGAGGCGAGCCGGUGGGCCUCAGCCCUCAGACUCAGGGUGGCACGGGCGGACAGAACAGCGCCCCUGUGGGCCUGCGUAUGACAUGGCGGCAUGGCGCUGACGGGAGUUUCAUGUGCGCCCAUCGAUCUGGUACAGUUUUGUACAUUUUUUAUCGGCACGAUCCAAGAAAAUAUUUUGGACAUUCACAGUAGCUCUCUCUCUCUUGACUGGAGAUAACGAAGAUGGUGGGACCGUGGGAGUAGCAGUGAGCGAUUGAAUC